UACCGUAUUCCAAGGGGGUCCCGCAGCGCAGUCUCAGAGCCCGAGGAAAGAGCAGAGCCAAAAACUUUCUUGCAUGAGCAGUUUGGAAAGGCGGCAGCUGGCGUUGCGCUGGAUGAGACUGUCUCUCUGGCUUUCAGGAGUGUGCUGGGAAGAGGACUUGGAGGCACGCUUGACUGGUGCUGGCGCCAGCUGUUGAAACUCGCUCCUGGACGGAAGUUGUGUCAGAGUUUCUUCAGUAUGGAUCGGAAAGAGGCCCUGCGUCUGCUGAUGAAAGGGACAGCUGCAGAGCGGAAACAGCGGCUCGACCACCCCCUUGUCAGGUACAACGACCUUGGUCAGAUUGUGUGCAAACUGUGCAACACAGUGGUCAAGUCCGAGGUUGCUUGGAAUACGCACUUGGUGUCCAGGCAGCAUAAAGAGACGGUGGCCAGGCUGAAGAGCAAGGCAGCCUCCAAACAAGCCCAGACUGCACCAGCCGCAACGCCGCAGCCUGGAAGCGCGCGCAAGGCGUCUGAUUUGCCGUCGGACUUCUUUGACACCCCCAAAAGCAAGCUGUCAAAAGGUGGGGCCUCUGAGAAGCCUGCUCCACCUGCCAAAGCCUCCAACAGUACUAGACGGCCAGCGGAGCCCAGUACCACCCCCAAUGCUGUUCCCCCUGGGUUUUUUGACGGUGAUGGCGGCAAAGCGGGGCCUUCAGCUUCAAAUGGGGCAGAACCUGGAGCCAGGCGCAUAGACUCAACACAAACCCGAACCGUUGACCAGCAGAAGAAAGAUCCGGGACAGAAAGGCGUUUUACCCAAGGGCUUCUUUGACGACAAGGAGAAGGACCACAAAGCGCGGGGGGAAGAAGCUCCGAAGCUCGACAUCAAUGAGGAGUGGAAAGAGUUUCAGAAGUCGGUGCAAGUCAACAUAGCAGAGGUGGACGUGAGACAGGAAGAAGAGGAGGCCGAAGCUGCAGACGAGAGGGAGGAAAGGGAGGUUAUUGAGCAAAGAUCAUUUCUGCAGCAUAUACAGGACCUUAAGCGACAAAAGGAAGCCAAAGCAAGGGAGAAAGCUGCGGCAGCGGCUGCUGUACAGCAAGCAAAUGGAAAGCUCGAGGAAGAAGAGCUUAGUUCAGGGAGCGAUGACGAAGAUGAGGACUUUGCUUUGCAUUGGCGGGCAAAGAAAGUAUGAGAUACUUGUGCACUUUGUUGAUCAAUCAGUUAUCCAUGAGGAAACUCAGGUAGCUGAGUAUGUGCGUCGUGCGUGAAAGGUUCUCAAGCUCAGCCGUAUCAGGUAAAU